AUGAAGUUGUUUAUCUGUCUGUCGGCGCUUUUGUUGGUUUCGGCGAAUGCCGAAUCAGAGCAGAAGAAGUCCGCAGCCGAUGGGAAGGCGGCCGUCCCGCUGGAGAAGAAGCUGGACAAACGAGGCCUGCUGAAUCUGGGCUACGGUUACGGCAUCAACGGGCUGGACGUAGGUUACAUCGGCGGUGGACAUCUCGGUGGUGCAUAUCAUGAUGCGCACCAUGGCCACGAUCAUCAUUACGGUCACAGCGUGUACCUCGGUGGCCAUACGGACGUCACGAAGACGGUCACGCUCGUGAAAGGAGUGCCAGUGCCGUACACCGUCGAGAAACACGUCCCAUACACGGUCGAGAAGCAUGUGCCGUAUCCCGUGAAGGUACCGGUCCCACAGCCUUACGAAGUCGUCAAGCAUGUCCCGGUUCAUGUCAAGGAGUAUGUCAAGGUUCCGGUGCAUGUUCCUGCUCCGUACCCGGUGGAAAAGAAGGUCCCGUAUCCCGUGCACGUCCCGGUCGAUCGGCCAUACCCCGUGAAGGUGUUCGUUCCGCAGCCGUACGAAGUGACCAAGCAUGUGCCUUACCCGGUGAAGGUGCCCGUUCCGCAGCCCUAUGAGGUGCACAAGCAUGUGCCUGUGCCCGUGAAGGUGGAGGUCCCAGUCCCUGUUCCAUACACCGUCGAGAAGAAGGUCCCCGUCCCGGUGAAGGUUCCAGUCGAUCGUCCUUACCCGGUGCAUGUGCCAGCGCCUUAUCCAGUUGAGGUUGAGAAACCCGUCCCGUACACGGUCGAAAAGCCAGUCCCGUAUGAAGUGAAGGUCCCUGUUGAUCGCCCAUACCCGGUGCCGGUUGAGAAGCCCGUCCCAUACCCAGUCAAGGUGCCCGUCCCGAAGCCGUACUACGUCGAGAAGCACGUUCCCUACACUGUCGAGAGGCCAGUCCCGGUCCCGGUGAAGGUGCCGUUCGAUCGCCCAUACCCAGUGACGGUUGAGAAGCACAUCCCGGUCGAGAAGCCUGUUCCAGUCCCAGUAAAGGUCCCGGUUGCCGUCCCGGUUCCGGUUCACCACGACCAUCACCAUCACCAUCUGGAGCACUUGCACGAGCCGCACCAUCAUCACGAUGUGAGCUACACUAGCUUCAGCGGCUACGGACAUGAUUACAGCUACCACCACUAGAGGAGAAUCCGGCCCGGUGGCUGGAGUUUUGUACCAUAAACUAGAAGGAUCCUGGUUGAUGCCUGGAGUCCUGUUUUCUGCACUCGUACCGACAUUAAAGAGCACCUGCCAACUCUCGAGGCGUACCGGCCAAACCGGCGAGCGCUCGUCUAAAUAGCUAUUAUCACCAUCGAUCGUCACGAAUCGUAUCACUCAUGUUCGAACAAGUUAUUUCCCAUACUCAAUCCAACGGAUACUUACUCAAACGCACCGUCCCCCACAAGGCUACAUCGAAAGACCUAGACCUAGGUCUCAACGGUCGAGCGAUUGCGCACCCGAUGUGAUACCCGUGAACGUGCACAAACACUGCCCCAUUCUAUCGUGCCCUGUUCUAUGCAGGUCGGAAAAGCUUUGAAGCACCGCUAAACAAAAUGGGACUCCGCCAGCCAGCCUUCUGUAAAUGCACGCUGGGCUCAGCCUUCUCUACACUCUACAAUCCUGCCUGAAGGAGAAGCUAACGAUCGAAGCGAACGAACAAUGUGCUGAUGUCUGGAGGAUCGGACGCGUGAUAGCGCGUUAGCAAUACCACUGAGAGCCCCAAAAUUAGUGUAAAUUUUGGACGAAUUUUUCUCCCCCAAACCGGAGAAACCCUGCUCGAGAGCUUAGAUUUUUUGACAUUUUUGUGAGAAAAUAGCCAAAAAAACAUAACUUUUAAUGACUGCAACCUCCGUUGCGAUCCUCCGACAGUCAGCACGGCCAGUGCAUGUGCUCCUUCAAGGUAACCUCCAUGCUGUUGGGCAAGCGUGCAUUUUCCCAAGGCUGGCAGGGCGCAAUGUACUUUUUUUUUAUUAUAUUUUAAUGUAAAUAAGACGAAAA